UUCUUUUUUAUUCCUUCAUCUUCUCCUCUUUUAUCUCUGUUUCUACAACUUUGACAGCAACUGAUCAGUUUUCACCGGCGAUCUUUCUUUUCCGAUUCAAAAUUCCGGCGAAAUCAGAUCGACCAGUGCUCCGAAGGACUUUCAACUGAUCAGUUUUCACCGGGCGAUCUUUCUUUUCCGACUUGAAAUUCCGGCGAAAUCAGAUCGUUUAGUGCUCAGAAGGACUUUGUGAUGGCUAAUAGUGGUGAUUGUGGGUGUCAAUUGCGGAUUGUCAUUGGCGAUAAUGUUGGUUGAUGCUAGUGAUGAUGGUGGCAAUAAAGGAACAACCGUACUUAACAUGAGUGAGAUCUGAAUGGUUAAGACUUAAACCUUAAAAAGGCACAUAUAAUGACUAAAAUCCAAAGGAUUAAGACUCAGACAUUCAUUAAAUGCAAACAGACGCGGCCUAUGUUGUUUUUCUUACACUGUUUUCUAUGCUUUACAGCUCAUCUGGCAAAAUGGAGGGAGCUACCCCUUCAGUUUUAUGUAGUCUCUUUGUUGUCAUGUUGAUCCUACUUCUACCAGCUACAUCAGUGGCUGAACCAAGAUCCCAGAUAAUCCAGCUGAUACGUGGCAACAGAUUGACAGCUUCCGUCCCAAAUUUUGUUGGUACAAUGGAAACGUUGAGUGAACAAGUGAGAGCUAGAGGAUAUGGAGUAGCAGUUACUGGCACUAGACCCGGUGCUACCUAUGGAAUUAGCCAAUGCUAUGGUGAUCUAUCAUUACUCGACUGUGUCUUAUGCUUCUCUGAAGCUCGAACGGUUCUGCCCCAGUGCUUCCCUUAUAACGGGAGAAUUUAUCUUGAUGGCUGCUUUAUGCGAGUGGAGAAUUACAUGUUCUAUGACCAGUAUUUAGGUCCAGAGGACAUGCAUGUAUGUGGAAACAGGACGACCAAGGGUACAUUGUUCCAACAGAACGCUAGGCAAGCCAUUCAGCAAGCAGUUGUAAAUGCACCGACUAAUAAUGGUACUGCACGUGCUCAAGUGUCAGUGCCUGGUCCUUCCAAUGAGACAGCUUAUGUUCUCGCCGAUUGUUGGAAGACGCUGAGCGCAAAUUCCUGUGCAGCGUGUUUGCAAAAUGCAUCUGCAUCCAUGUUGGGAUGCUUACCUUGGUCAGAAGGUAGAGCCCUUUACACUGGAUGCUUCAUGAGGUAUUCUGAUACAAAUUUUCUCAAUGCUAUUUCUGCCAGUGGAGGCUCAUCAUCAACGGGAAAAGUUGUAGUCAUUGUCAUUGUUGUUGUUAGUUCCGUUGUCGUUUCGGGAGCAGCUGCUUUUGUUGGUUUUAGUGUCUGGAAGAACAAACAAAUCCAGAAGAAGAGAAAAGGUGCAAAUGAUGUUAAGAAAUUAGUGAAGAUCCUUGAUCAAAACAACUUGAACUUCAAGUAUUCGACACUUGACAAAGCCACGGGUUCAUUUGAUGAGGCCAACAAGCUCGGACAGGGUGGAUUUGGCACGGUUUAUAAGGGUGUUUUGGCAGACGGGAGAGAGAUCGCUGUCAAAAGGCUGUUCUUCAACAACAAACACACAGCUGCAGAUUUUUAUAACGAGGUUAACAUAAUCAGUAGCGUCCAGCACAAAAAUUUGACAAGGUUAUUGGGGUGCAGCUGCUCAGGAACGGAAAACCUUCUUGUAUACGAGUUACUCCCUAACCAGAGUCUUGAUCGCUACAUAUUUGACCCUAUUAAAGGUAAAACUCUAAAUUGGAAGAAAAGAUUUGAGAUAAUUAUAGGGACAGCAGAAGGAUUGGUAUACCUUCACGAGAACACAGAGACACGAAUAAUUCACAGAGACAUAAAAGCAAGCAACAUCCUGUUGGACUUGAGGCUCCGUGCAAAGAUUGCUGAUUUUGGGUUGGCAAGGUCAUUCCAAGAAGACAAGAGUCACAUAAGCACUGCCAUUGCUGGCACAUUAGGAUAUAUGGCUCCAGAAUACUUAGCACGCGGUCAGCUAACAGAAAAAGCAGACGUUUACAGCUUUGGAGUUCUUCUACUAGAGAUUGUUACUGGAAGACAAAAUAACAAGAGAAAAAAUGACGAAGAUACAGUUAGCUUAGUUUCCAAUGUGUGGGAGCACUUUCAACGCGGUAUAGUGGAGGAACUGUUCGAUCCGAAUCUCAUGUUGCAUAACUACCAUACAAUCAAUGUGAAAAAUGAGGUUGCGAGAGUGUUACAUGUGGGACUUUUGUGCACUCAAGAGAUUCCAUCAUUACGGCCAUCCAUGUCUAAGGCAUUACAAAUGUUCGUGAAGAAAGACGAAGAGUUGCCUCCUCCUACUAAUCCGCCAUUCGUGGAUGAGAAAACCAUGGAACUUCACGACCCUUGGGAUAAGUACUUGCUUAAACAAGGCGAUUCUGCUUCGAUUGCCAAACUUAUCUCACAGGUUCUUUUUACCCCAGAUGAUGAUAUCUCUGUGCUCCUGAACUGAAAGUGAUGUAAAGAUUAUAGUUAUCUCAAGCAUAUCAUUUCGCCUCGUGUUCUUGAAGGAAACUUCAUCGUGAUCGAGCAGUUAGUUACAACAACGACAACUAUGUUUCUGUCCCAAACAAGUUGAGGUCGGUAAUAUGAAUUCUCAGUAUUCCACAACUCAUGAUCAAGCAGUUAGUUGUAAGUUCAAAACUUCAUAAUACAUUUUUCAAUUUUUUCAUGUAUUAUUUGUCAAUUAGGAAAAUAUUUUAUCUAGGAAAACAAGCUCCACAAGACGCAAGUGACAACCCAACUAUGCGUAAGUGCAAGGGCAGAGGUAGGUAGGGUCGAAGGUGUUCAUCUGAACCCCCUUCAAUAGAAAAUUAUUCUAUUUAUACAUGUUUUAAUUUUUAUUUUUUUUAUGUAUAUACAAUAACCUCUUCGAUUUCUUCACAGGGGCGGAGCUAGGUGGGGGUUCGUGGGUUCGGAAGAACCCAAUAGCUUUUCCGUAGAUCUUGUAUUUGUACCAAAAAAUUCAAUAAAUAUAUAUAUGUAUAUUAACUCGUGAACCCCUAACAAAACUGAUUGACAACUUAGUGGUAAGGAAGAGGCUGUGAAAAUGCUUUCCACACUAGAGUUGUGGGCUCAAAUCCACUAUCAACAAAAAGUUUAGAACCUCCCAA